AUGGCCGCCGCAGGUUCAGGAGGCAAGAAGCGCGUCUCCAACUUCAAAACGACCGCACGAUCCAAGCGCCACAAAGUCGGUACUUCGGGGACCACACCCAAGAGCAAGUCCACCUCGUCGUCGUCUUCGGCCAAAGUCGACUCGCUCGCACCGAACAAGAACGGGUCCGCGUUCCCUAGUGACCGGAAGACCCGGUUCGAGGAGAAGGGGAGGGGGAAGGAUGGGAAGGACAAGAAGGGGAAAGGGCCUUUGAGGUUUAUUGAGAUUGUGGGGCAGAAGCAGAGUACGAGGGAGAGCAAGGAUGAUGGUCAGGACGACGACGACGACGCCGACGCCGGGGAGGGGGAAGAGGGGUCAAGUCAAUCAGAGGGGAAUGAGAGUGAGGAAGAUAUGGGCAUGUUGGUCGAUCAGGACGUCGAUGAGCAAGGGGGAAAGUUCUUGGUCAAAUUGGACAAGAAGGGGAUAGCCACGUCAGUUUUUCACUCUCCACCCGGUCUCCUCGCUUUCAGCAGCAAAUUCUCAACCCUCUCUUUUCCUCUUCUUCUCCGCAGUUCUCGACCGGCCAUCAAAGAAGCCUACCGUAAACAAAAACCAGCCUUACAACAAGCCCAACAAGCCUCGGCGCCUACCCAAACCCGUCUCUUGGACGGCAUCGAAAUCCCCGAAGCCGGGCCGACCAAGUCCGAGCUCAAAGCUUUGCGCAAGAAGGAGAACCGCCUCAAACGGCUCAAGGGGGAAUUGCCACCUUUGGAAGAACAGGACCUCGAUGAGGAAGGGGUACCGAGGAGUGGCAAGGAGCAUCCCGAGGGGGAGUUGAUUGAUGAUUUGGAGGAAGACGAUCUGGCUUUCGGCAGUGGCGACGAUGAUGACGAUUUGAGCGUCAUGAGCGAGUUGGAUGAAGGAACAAUCAGUACGAUGAGUGAGAUGAGUGAUUUGGAUGAUGAGGAUGACGAGGGUUUGUGGAGUGAAGAUGACGAUGACGACGACGAGGAUGACAGCGAGGAAGGGGAUGUGACUGAAUGGGGUGGAAUCGCCGACGACGGGCACGUGGAAGUCUCGGCAUCCGAGGACGAGGACGAGGACGAGGAUGAAGACGAUGAAGAGGAUGAAGAAGACGCCAGUAAUGUCCCGGAGGAAAAGGACUACGACAGCGACGAAGACAACGUCGACGCCAUUCCGUUGCCUCGGAAAAGGGCCAAACCGACCCGACCGGAAGACGACCUGGAAGCCGUAUGGGAACGACGACCCAAACCGCCCAAACCGCCCAAGGAACUCCCAACCAAACUCCCCAUCGUCCAGAACGGCAAAGUCAUUCGAUCCAAGGAGACGCUAGAAGGUGCCAGAGCCGACGAGGAGGAGGACGAGGAGGAGCCUGAGCCGAGGCGAUCAGAGCCCGAGUACCGUAGUGAUCCUUUGGGCCAGCGCUUUGGGCGACCUGCCGUUCGACAGUUGUUGGAGAUCAAGGACAAGAAGGCUCGGAUAGCCAAGGCGAGGGAGGAGAUUGCUGAUCUGGGAAGAGAAGCCAGUGGUACGGGGGAAGGAGAAGGAGGGGUGAGUGGUGCCAGAUCUGACCUAUCGACCGUGCACCGCACUGAUGAUUCCUUUGAUCUUCAAAUAGCUCAACUUGCUCAAGCGAUUGCUCUCAUUGACGGGUCCCAAGUUCUCCUCGUCGUCGUCGGCCCGAAGUGCGGGUGAACGGCCGAUCCUCGUCGACCGCGAGAUCCGAGUCAUGGCCAUAAUCAGCUUGCUCGCCGUCUUUGUCGACGUUGUGCCCGGCUACCGGAUUCGUGCUUUGACCGCGGCCGAAAAGGAAGUCAAGGUCUCCCAAAUGGUUGCUCGUCAACGCGAGUGGGAGGACGGGCUCGUCGCCGUGUACAAGCGUUUCCUCGAGUUUUGCGAGGCUGAAGUCUCAGCUAAGGACUCGCCCCUCUCCCCCGUCGCGAUCCAUUGCCUGUGCACUUUGGUGAGGGAGAAGCCGGACUUCAACUACAGCGUCAACAUCAUGGACGUAAUUGUCAAACGACUCGGGCGAAAGGGAUGGGACGAAGGGCAUCAAAUGUGCCUCGAGGCCGUUGUCCAUUUGUUCAUCCACGAUACGACGACGACGGCUUCCAACUCGUUGCAUCUCGUUCGACUCAUCUCCCGCCUUGUGCGAGCAAGGUCUUUUGCCGUUCGACCUGAGGUCAUCUCGACUCUGCUCAACUUGCGCUUGAAGGAUGAGCUGGGUGGGGGUCGCGUGCGAGCUUCGACCGAGGCCGUGUUCCGGGAAAGGGAAGGCCGCAAGGGUGUGGUCAAGUGGAACAAGGAGAAAUCGCACAAGGGGCGUAAGGGAGGGAAGGCCAAAGCCGCGAUGGACAAGAAGGGAAGCAAGAAGGCGCGCGAGGUGCGCAAAGAGAGGGCCAAGAUCGACGCCGAGAUGAGGGAAGCCGAGGGCGAGAUUGACCAGCAGGAACGCGAGCGCAACCAGACGGAAACACUUAAGCUCCUGUUUGCUCUCUAUUUCCGCAUCGUAAAACUUGAUUACCGAAGUCCGCUCUUGCCCGCUGCGCUCGAAGGGUUGGCGAGGUUCGCCCAUCUCAUCAACAUCGAUUUCUUCCGGGACUUGCUCGAGGUGCUCAAGGGCAUCGUCAAGCGCGGUGGCAUCCUCGGUGCCGAGUCGGUCGUCACCGAAGAGUACGAGGACGACGACGAGGAUGGAGGCGAUAUUGAGGAGCGGACCGAGGCGACGAUCCGUCGUAAUGACAUGCGCGAAAAGUUGCUGUGCAUCGUCACCGCGUUCGAGUUGCUCCAAGGCCAAGGCGAAGCGUUGAUGAUCGAUCUCGGCGAUUUCGUCUCGGCGCUGUACGCCUUGAUACUCCCCUUGUCGCUCUCACCGACGUUCGAGGAGACGCCGUACCUCGGUCGGAACAGCAUCACGACGACGAACCGGAUCACGGCCAAGCUGGCGCAGACCGAGGCCGAUCUCUUGUUCCGAGCGUUGGCGGCGAUCCACCUCACGCCGAGAUCGUUGCCUUCGCCGAUCCGCACUUUGGCCUUCUCGAAGCGACUGUUGUCGGCGUCGUUGCACUGGCCUGCGGCGUCUCAAUUGCGCGCGUUGACCUUUUUGCGGUCUCUGUUGAUCCGCGAACCCAAGUUGGAAGCGAUGUUGGAGACGGGCGAUCGUCGCGUCGAUGGCAAAUGGAAAGGGGCCGUCGAUGAACCCGAACGUGCCGAGCCCGAGGGGACGUGUUGGUGGGAGGCGGGGUUGUACCGGUCUCACCCGGAUGACAAGGUGCGGGACGAGGUGAAGAAGUUGGUUAAUUAUCAGCGAGAGUAG